GCCGGAGGGGCAGACGCCCGCACCGGCCCCGCUCGCCCAUCUUCGAGGCCAAGGAGGUGCCCCCCCUGGAGCUGCCCAAGUCCUCGGAGGACCUGCUGGUGCCGGCCAAUCAGCUCCUCAACAUCUCAGCCGUCUAUGAGGUGCUGCGCAACUUCGGCUCGGUCCUGCGCCUCUCGCCGUUCCGCUUCGAGGACUUCUGCGCGGCGCUGGCGGGCCAGGAGCAGUGCACCCUGCUGGCUGAGACCCACACUGCCCUGCUCAAGGCCAUCCUGCGCGAGGAGGACACGUCCAACACCACGUUCGGUCCUGCCGACCUCAAGGACAGUGUCAACUCCACGCUCUACUUCAUCGAUGGCAUGACCUGGCCCGAGAUGGUGCGCGCCUACUGCGAGAGCGACCCAGAGUACCGCCAGGUGCUCCCUUUACUGGAGAGUGAGGAGUACCCUUACGAGCCCCUCGAGAGCAAAAUUAAGGUCCUUCAAUUCCUCGUGGACCAGUUCCUGGCCACCAACCUGGCUAGAGAAGAGUUGAUGUCGGAGGGGGUGGUGGAUUACGACGACCACUGCAGGGUGUGCCACCGGCUCGGGGACCUCCUCUGCUGCGAGACGUGCUCGGCCGUCUACCACCUGGAGUGCGUGAAGCCGCCGCUGGUGGAGGUACCCGAGGACGAGUGGCAGUGUGAGGUGUGCGUGGCGCACAAGGUGCCCGGCGUGGUGGACUGUGUGACGGAGGCGCAGAAGAGCCGGCCAUACAUCCGCCAGCUGCCAAUCGGCUAUGACCGCCACCGCCGCAAGUACUGGUUCCUGGACCGCCGCAUCGUGGUUGAGGAGGACGGCGAGCAGGAGGACAAGACCAUCUGGUACUAUAGCACCAAGGUACAGCUGGCUGAGCUGAUCGACUGCCUGGACAAGGGCUACUGGGAGGCCCACCUGUACGCCACGCUGGAGGAGCUCAGGGACGAGGUGCACACGCACAUGGACAUCACCGAGGAGCUCACCAACAAGGCCCGCGGUGCCAACAAGUGCUUCCUCACCGCCGCCAACGGUAAGAGAU